GCACACCACGCUUGCCUUGCUCAACUUUUCCCCCGUCCUUACCUGUCCGGGCAAGAUCGAGUGGUGUCCGAUGUCCAACUGGGACGCCUGGGUUUGGCUCUGCGAGGGCAAAGUGAAGUCCUUGAAGUCGAACUCCGAGCCCUGCGUGUCGGCCCCGAUCAGAUCGGCACCUUCGUCGGUGUCCAGGAAGGUGAGCGUCUGCGAACUCGGCCCGUACGUGUCGACACUCAUUUCGGCUCCGAAUUCGCGAGUGCCUAAUUCAACUCAACCAGCGGCCGCGUCUGCUCGCGACCUCGAAAGAGUCGAUUAAUCGUCUCUGAUCGAACUAUUUACACAAAUAUCUGUUCGAAAUUCACGCCAUGUUCAAGCAGCACGUCGUGUUGAUCCACAGACUUCGAGACUUUGCAAAGUGACGUCAUGCGCGACGUUGCAGCCUAUCGGAGACACGUGACAACGUCGCGCCGCCGAAUCAAAACAAGAUCCAUGCGGCCGAGAGGGAAAUUCAAACGAGCCGAAGAUUACUAAAAUUGGGGCUUGGCGAUGCCACCGGCGCCGAUUUCCGUCGACAUUUGACCUCGCCGCCCGCCGAACAAGAGGAGAGAUGGACCCGAGUCUGUUCAGCAAGGACGACGGAGUCCUUUUCGUGGGAGAGGGCAACUUCUCAUUUGCCUUGAACUUCAAAAAGAGGCAUGGAAAGUUGCGGCACGUGAUUGCAACCUGUUUCGAGGAAAAAGACAAAAUUUUGAAAGGAGCUGAAGAAAACGUUGCUCUGCUUGAAGAACAGGGUGCUCGUGUUGUGUUCGGAGUGGAUGCAACAAAACUUCACACCUACAAUUACCUACGCCUGAAUGAAGAUUAUCUUUCCAACUGCAUCAUCUUUAAUUUUCCACACAUCGGUGGCAAAAUGAAAAUCCAUCGCAACAGGGAAUUGCUGCGCAACUUCUUUGCCAGUGUCAGAAAAUUCCUUGCGAAUUCUUGUCAAAAGUUGCCUACUGCGUGCACGCCCAGGGUGAUUGUCAACCUUUGCAAAGGUCAAGGAGGAACCGAGGCUGAUGGAAGCGAUCAACGAGUGUGGGGAAAUUCCUGGCAAAUUAACGAAAUGGCUGCAGCUUCAGGGUUCGUCUUGAGCCAGAUCCUCCCCUUCAAUCACGAUCUCUGUGAUGGAUAUUCCAGUGUGGGUUUCCGAAGUCGAGAGCAGUGGUUUCACACUGAAAACGCUCUAGUGCACGUUUUUGAACCAGCUCCGCCUCCUCUUCUGCUGCCCAAGGUCACUGAGAAAGAAAGUCUCGUCCAGCUGUCCACUCGCUACGGAAACAUUCAAUGUGAUCGCACCCACCUAGAAGUGUGCGCAGCCCUCUCCGAAGUGGAGACAAAUUUCUUCAUGAGCACCGAUCAAAAGCUAACUCCCCAAAUUUAUUUGUACAAUAAACUGGUCGACUUGAUCAAAAACUCAUCUCGCUUUGGAGAGAACUUCAUGGUGGUGCACACCAAUUACCUGCCUUAUCACUGCGACCUGAACCUGAAAAGGGUGGCCUGUUACCUGCAGAAUUCUGUCAAGUACCUGAGGAGGAGUUUGGCUGAUGUGAUGGAUUUCUGCAAGAAAGACUCUUUUGUCACUUUCGGCCCAGUUUUCAAGCCGCUGGAUGAAUUGCCCUUUUCCGAGUCUCCAGCGCCGUACCAAAUUAUCAUCAAGCAUUUUGAGGUUGAUAGAGUCACCGGACUGAUCACUCUUUGGCUCACCUCACUGCUUGGAGAGUCUAGUCUGGACGUCGAAAUGGACGAAGACCAGUGGACUGUCCAGUACGCCGGGCGCGAUCUUGCUUACAAGUGCCACAAAAAUGCUGUGAUUGUGGAACUGGACCUGCUGGCCAAGGUUUUCUUCAAGCUGGCCAGCUUUAGAGACCUGCUGAACGCCAAGUAUGCCAAAAGUACCUUUGUUCCCACCUCCAUUUUUCCCAGAACUCAUGUGCUGGACAUUUGCUUUAUUCUGGGAGAGCAGUUUAGUGAGGCCAAGUUCAAUGUGGUUUUGUGGAGAGCUUUGGGUCGGUUUGUGAUGAAAAAAGAAUUGGUGAAUACCUACAGUCCUGAUGGUGAGGAGUGGACUAGUCACUGCUACCGAGUGCAUUACCGCUCUACUAAAGAGGCCCUUUCAAGGAAAGCUGCCAUCGUGAUGCACCAGGAAUUUUUGCCAGAAGUGCUUUUGAAAACAAAGAUUGCUCAAAGAGUAUUGUGAUUCAAAUUUGAAUUUGUACGUCAUAAAAAAUGGCUGCUGUUUGGUUGUUAAAUAUUUGUACAAAUUUUAUAUUUAUGUGCAUUACAAAUAUUAUUGUGCAAAUAAAAUUUAUUAAAUUACAA